ACAUGUGUAAUGUUAUUAAGGAGCGCCCGAGCCAAUCGCCUCCUCCAUCACCUGACCGCUAUUUGAAUAUUGAUGCUCCCUCUGCUGCCACCACAUUGGUCCUGCCCUCUGUGUUGUUGAUGUUGUGUGACAUUGUCUGGCUGAGAUCAUCCUCACAACACGGAGAGAUUUCACCGACAAAAUGUCCUCGCUGCUGAAGCCGUUUUCGGUGUGUGAGGGGCCUUGUGAGAGCUCCGGCGUGAGGAGAGGAUCAGCGAGCUCUGCCCCGCAUCAGCAGUCUUCAUCCCGGCGUCUGGCCGCCGCCGCCGCCGCCGCCGCGGGGCUCGGCUCUCUGCCGGCUCACCAGCGGUCGUACGCGGCGAGGAGGAACCUGGCGGCCGCUGCAGUCGGAGGGAGGAAAAUCACGCAUCCUGGAAAGGCUAUCCUUGCAGGUGGCAUAGCAGGAGGAAUCGAGAUCUGCAUCACCUUCCCAACAGAGUAUGUCAAGACCCAGCUGCAGCUAGACGAGAGAGCGAACCCUCCGCGGUACAGAGGGAUCGGUGACUGUGUGAAGCUGACCGUGCAGGAUCACGGCCUCAGAGGGUUGUACCGCGGCCUCAGCUCCCUGCUUUACGGAUCAAUACCCAAGUCUGCAGUGAGGUUCGGCACGUUCGAAAUGCUCAGUAACCCGAUGCGAGAUGCGACGGGCCGGCUGGACAACACGCGGAGCCUUCUGUGUGGUCUCGCAGCCGGCAUUACAGAAGCAAUCGUGAUCGUCUGCCCGAUGGAGACGCUGAAGGUGAAGCUGAUCCACGACCAGUGUUCCCUCAGACCUCGCUACAGAGGAUUCUUCCAUGGCGUUAGUGAGAUCAUCAGAGAGCAGGGAGUGAGAGGGACGUAUCAAGGUCUGACAGCGACUGUGCUCAAACAAGGAACCAAUCAGGCCAUCCGAUUCUACGUGAUGAACUUGCUGCGUAAUUGGUACAAAGGUGAUGACCCCAGAAAAGAAAUGCACCCAAUCGUCACAGCAAUGUUCGGGGCGACUGCAGGAGCUGCCAGUGUCUUUGGAAAUACACCUCUGGAUGUGGUGAAGACAAGGAUGCAGGGUUUGGAGGCGUAUCGGUACAAAAACACAGUGGACUGUGCCUUCCAGAUCUUGAAGCAGGAAGGACCUCAGGCGUUCUACAAAGGAACGGUUCCCAGGCUGGGCAGGGUGUGCCUGGACGUGGCCAUAGUUUUCGUCUUAUAUGAGGAGGUGGUCAAACUGCUGAACAAUGUGUGGAAGACCCAAUAGACCCCCCCGUGGACAAGGGGGACAGAGAUCCAGAGGGAUGCACAGACCAGUGCCUCAUGCUACGCACAACUGAACACCUCUAUUCUACUUCAUCUCGGCUCUCUGCAUUUCCCUGAGCUUGUGACGACUUCAUCUUUACCAGUUUGAAUAUUACAAAUCUGUGAUUUAAAGGACCUAUUCUGAACAACACGAAGAGAAAAAGGAAGAGCGAAUCUGAAAGCCAUUUUCCAGAUCACGCUUUGGAAUCGAGAGUGAUGAUUCUUAGAAGAAAAAAAGGGAAAUGAAGUCCCUUAGUGAUGUGUUAUUCUUUGCUUCUGACCAAACUUGUAGACUCCACCUCGAGUCUUUUGACCAGAAAAAAUAAGAGUGUGUAGAGAAGAACACAUAUUUAUUACCAAAGUUUAGAAACAGACAAGACAACGAGCAAGUUUUAAAGGGAUAUUCCAUAUUUCUGGUGUUUCAGCUUUGUAUGACUGUUGCUGCCGUGCGUGUUAACACUUAGCAUCAAACCAUAAAUGUGUCUUUUGA